GACAGCUCCUGUCCGAGCUCGGGGUCGCCCUCGUCGACUGCUUCAGGAAGCUCGAGAAACGCCCUGAUGGCCCUGAUGGCGACGCCGACAGCGCCGCCGGUGACGGUCCCGGUGACGUCCCUUGCGACCGUUCUCCUCUCGGUGCGGCCGCGCAGGCCGCGUUCGGCAAGGUUGCCAAGGAAGUCGGGACAGUCGCAGCCUGCGUCAGAAAUUUGAGCACGGCGCUCGCGGAGAUUGACGUGGACACUACUACGAGCGUUCACGAGGACCGUGGCAAAGAAGGGUUAGGAGUUGAGGCGUGGAUUGCCACGUGGAUCAAGAUCUUCAAUAGGUUCGCCGCAGCAAGCACCAGCGAGGCCAACUUUUCAAAGAAGUCCGAUGCCGAGUGGCAGAAAACGCUCGAGGAUCAGAAGAGGAAGCACAUGAGGAACAAGGCCGACGAACUCAACUCGCAGGUGAAGCUCGUUGUCGCGAAGUUCCCUUCCGAGAGCGACGUCGCCAUUGCCUAUGCUGAGCACGCUGAUGGCGGUGGCAUUGAUAAGCUCACCAAGGACGCUGCAGCGACGAUUCUGGCGAUGGCAGACGUGGCGCGCUUGAAGGAUGAAGAAAUCGAGCUGGAGAAGUCAUGGAAUGAGCUGGUCACGAACGCCCUCAGAGAUGUCACCGGCGCCGCGCGCCGUGCUACCAGCAGCGACGCGGUGCCCCAUGAGCUUGUUGGCUUCUUCGAUGCCCCGAACGUUGAUGCAUUGGUUGCAAGCUGCAGUGGCGAGGCCCGCCCUUUCCUGUCGCUCUCGACCGACGUCGCCCGCCGUUGCGCGUGGGAGUCCGAGCACAUCAGCAAUCACAUGACUGCCGCGUUCUCCACAGCCCACAGCGGGGGCCUCGUGCCAGCCGACAAAUGCCUCGAGAAAGUUCUUGUCAAGGCGAAGUCAGCAAAAGCCUUGAAGUUCUUCUGCAAGUUCGAGAAGGACGACGACUUCGAGAUGUUCUUCCGCGGGAGGGUGUGCUGCGUCUCGCACGGGUCGAAGCCGUUGUCUACCAAGCCGCUGCACGUUCGCGUGCGAGAUGGCACUGGCCCGGAGAUGAUCGACGAGGAGAGGAAGGAGCAGAUGGGGCCAUUGUCGAUGGAUUUCUACUUGCAGCCAGGUCCAGGGCAGGCCAACGGGUUCUCGGCAAAUUGCGUCCCAGCCUGGUGCGUGCGAGUCGUGAAGGAUAACGUCACCCCGUCGUUGGUCUUGCGCAGGGCGAUUGUGGACGUCAACUUGCCCAUCAUGAAGUUUCCAGAGCGGGCGGAGGAGGCUGCUCCCACGGCGGCCAAGGCGGCCAAGGCGGCGACGACGCCAGUGAUGCAGGAGUUUGAGCAUGAGGAUGAGGAGGAGCUGCAAGAGAAGGCGACUGACGACGAGGCCGCUAAGGCCGUCUCCGGGGAGGCCACCGAGGGCGCGGUUGGCGCGGCCGCCGCCAGCGUGGCCGUGGCGGCCGAGGUGCCCAAGGCGGCCGCCGCGGCGGACCCGCCCGUGACAGGCCCCACCGUCAAGUUCUGGUUGCCCUCGCUGGUCAUGAAUGGCGCUGCGUUCGGCUGUGACGACGACGAGAACGCCGAGUGGGGCUACGGCGAGGAGGUGGAGCUCACGCGCCACGCGUUUCCGGAGGAGCGCAAGGAGGCACUCCAGGAG